AUGGCUUCCAUGUCUUUGAUCGCAUACCGUGUGAGGAAAUCGCCGAUUCUUUUCAUCGUGGUACCUAUAUUUGUGCUAUUUUGCGUGUUUCAAUUAGUUUUUUCCAGUGGGAAUAACGUACUAGGAUUGAGCGAUGAUAUUAUGAACCAUCAAUGGGCAGAUCAGUCCGAGAAGACAUUUUAUUUCCCAUAUACAAAGAAGUACAAGAUGCCAAAAUAUUCAUACAAGAAAGUUUCCAGUUGGUUGUUCAAUGAUAAAGUUGACGAUUUGAUUCCUGAAGGUCACAUUGCCCAUUACGAUUUGAACAAGUUGAAAUCUACCAGCAAUGCCUUAGUAAACAAGGAAAGAGUAUUGAUUUUGACUCCAAUGCAGACUUUCCAUCAACAGUACUGGAAUAAUUUGUUGAGUUUGACUUACCCAAGAGCAUUGAUUGAGCUUGGAUUUAUUAUUCCAAGAACUGCGUCUGGAGAUGCUGCUUUACAGAAAUUAGAAUCUGCAGUAAGAGAGGUUCAAACAGGUAAACAGGAUAAAAGAUUUGCCAAGAUAACCAUCUUGAGACAAGCGUCUCAGUCUUUCGACAGACUAGGAGAAAAGGAUAGACACGCACUAGAAGUACAAAAGGAAAGACGUGCUGCUAUGGCAUUGGCUAGGAACGAAUUGCUGUUCUCUACCAUUGGACCGCACACUUCAUGGAUUCUAUGGUUGGAUGCAGAUAUCGUUGAAACUCCAGUCACCGUCAUUCAAGACCUAACGAGCCAUAACAAACCGGUUCUUGCCGCUAAUGUGUAUCAAAAAUUCUAUGACAAAGAUCAAAAGAAGGAAAGUAUUAGACCUUACGAUUUCAAUAAUUGGGCUGAAUCCGAAAUCGGUUUGAAAUUGGCCCAACAACUUGGAGAUAACGAGAUUAUCGUGGAGGGGUACUCUGAAAUUGCGACUUAUAGACCAUUGAUGGCCCAUUUCUACGACGCAAACGGUGCCACCAACUCAUUAAUGGAACUUGACGGUGUCGGAGGUGGAUGUACUUUAGUGAAAGCUGAAGUCCACAGAGAUGGUGCCAUGUUCACUAACUUCCCAUUCUACCACUUGAUAGAGACAGAAGCAUUUGCUAAGAUGGCAAAAAGAUUGGGAUAUUCUGUGUUCGGUCUACCUAACUACUUGGUAUACCAUAUUGAAGAAUAA